CCCCCAGCCACCACUUCCUCCUCCUGCACUCAGCAUCUCAGGCCGCUCCAAGAGGGCUCCCUUCUGAUUACGGCAAGAAAAGCCGCCGGGCGGGCAGAUAACCGGACUACAAUGAAUGUGGAACAUGAAAUUAACCUCUUAGUUGAGGAGAUUCGGCGGCUGGGGACCAAAAAUGCUGAUGGAAAGCUGAGUGUGAAGUUUGGUGUGCUCUUUGCUGAUGAAAAAUGUGCCAACCUCUUUGAAGCCCUAGUGGGCACUCUUAAGGCUGCAAAACGAAGGAAGAUUGUUACUUACCCAGGAGAGUUACUUUUACAAGGGGUUCAUGACAAUGUUGAUAUUUUAUUACUGCAGGACUAAUGCAGUUUGCACUUCUCCUGUGUAUCAAUUAAUUUGUUUCAGGUAAAUGAUAUGCAGACAUUUAAGAUCAAGGCAAAUCAUCUUAGCGUGUUUUGAUGUAUUUUUCUAGAACUUUAUAGUAAAAAGGAGACUGUCUUAUUUUGGAAAAUAUUCCUUUUUGUAUUCCUUCUGUGAACAUUACUGUAAAUGAUUGUAAGGUAAAGGACACAAAAUUCCUCUUUUUAACUCAGGUAAUGCAUUUUUAAAAUGUAUCUCUCAGUUAUUGUCACCAUGAAAGAAGAGACAGAACUGGUAACUUAUCUGUGUUUACAAACCAAAAUCUGCUGUGAAAGUAUAAAAUAAAACAUGCCU